AUGGACUCUUUUGCACCAGUUGGAUUGGCUCUGAUUGCACUAGUGAUCAGCAGUCCCGCUCAGGACCUGACUGCCGUUUGUGCACCGGGCGGAAUUGCGACAAUUGUGAGGGACCGGACUGCCAUACGUGUAAUGGUUCAGAUUGCGACGACACAACAAACUCUUGCAAUGGGCAUUAUUGCACCUUUUGCGAAGGCUCAGAUUGUUCUGGUUUUUCUUCCACCGCCAGAUGGACCGCCACCAGGAGGAGACUCACCUGAAGACCCAACUACAACCUCGGAGUCGACUUCUUGUACACGUUCGACCACUGUUACUAAUUGCGCAGUAUCAUGUACAGCUUCACCUAUCGGCGCAAGUGUGACAACCAUGUGUACCACAGCCUCUUGUGUCCCAACCACAGGCUGUACUAUCACCGCAACAACCAGAACAUCCACUACAACUAUCGGAUGUCCUUUGGUGCCUGCUCACACUCCUUGGAACCAUUAUCGCAAUGGAACCUAUACUGAGAGAGCAUUGACGUGGCCCACGGAAGAGCCAUCCCCUCCUCCACCUUCCACAACGGCGACUCCAACUCCGACCACCAUUCCAGUUGGAAAUCCAGAUGGUGUUCCCGCUUAUGAUAUCGUUGUCAGAUAUAUCUGGGACGGAACCGGCGGGAAUGGAGUCAAUCAGUUACUGGGUUACCGUGCAGAUCUAACGACAAGAAUGUAUGAUUGCGGCAACAAGCCUGAAUGGAGUGUGCUUGGCGAUAACGACGAGGCAGCAGACGGUCUUCCACCUACAAUUACAGGUAUGACAGUUUAUGGUGACAGCAGCUGCCAUUACGAUGAGACCAGAGACUAUGAAGCCACCUCGGAUGACGGUAUGAGGUUUGUGGGAUACAUCAAGUGUGAUGAGUGGAAGAGAAUGUUCUGUUACAAGAAUGUGACUCGAAUUGAUGGCUGUGGACAGUUCAUUGAUAUGCAGCAAAGGUUACGAUGUGCCUGGCUGGCAUACCACGGUGGAGCUUAG